AUGGCGCCUACCCUGAUGCCCGUGGCCAUUGUUGGCAUGUCGUGCCGGCUGCCCGGCGAAGUCUCGACACUCGAUGACUUCUGGACGCUGAUGUGCAGAGCUCGCAGCGGUUGGGGCGAAAUCCCCAAGGAUCGCUUCAACAAGGAAGCUUACUGGCACCCGAACCCCGAGAAAAGGGGCUGCUUUAACAGCGUAGGCGGCUACUUUCUCAAAGAGGACAUCGCCAAGUUCGAUGCACCUUUCUUCAACAUUACCAACAAUGAAGCUAGUGCCAUGGAUCCUCAGCAGCGACAGCUGCUUGAGUGCACCUACGAAGCACUAGAGCAUGCGGGUAUCCCCAAGGAGAGCAUUGCCGGGACCAACAUGGGCGUGUUUGUUGGCGCGUCCCCCCCGGACUAUGGCCUCGGGUCUCUUGCAGACCUCGACACCGUGCCCAUGUCCGAUGCCACUGGUAACCACCAAGGCGUCCAGGCGGGCCGCAUCUCCCACUACUUCGACCUGCGUGGUCCUUGCUUUGCCAUCGAUACGGCAUGUUCUUCAAGCUUGCAUGCCCUGCACCAGGCAGUGCAGAGCAUUCGCUCAGGCGAGACCAAGCAAGCGCUUGUUGCGUCAUCUCACCUCAACAUCCAGCCGGCCCAUGUUGUGUCCCUGUCGACCAACCGCUUGCUCUCCGAAAAGGGAGCUACGUUUGCCUUUGACCACCGCGCCAAGUCGGGAUUCGCGCGUGGUGAAGGCACUGGCUGCGUUAUCCUGAAGCCUCUUGACCAGGCUCUCAAAGACGGCGACAAGGUUUGGUCCGUCGUCGUCAACACGGGCGUCAACCAAGACGGCAAGACAGUCGGCAUGACAACUCCUUCUGCCGAUGCCCAAGAGCAGUUGAUCCGUGAGGUUUAUGCCAAGGCCGGCAUCAACCCGAGGGACACCGGCUUUGUUGAGGCACACGGUACCGGCACCAAGGUCGGAGAUCCCAUCGAAGCUACGGUUCUCCACCGGGUCUUCAACGAAGACAGAACGCCCCGCCAUCCUCUCUACAUUGGCUCUGUCAAGUCGAACGUCGGACAUCUUGAGCCGGCAAGCGGCCUCGUCGCAGUCAUCAAGGCGUCCCUGAUGCUUCAAAAGGGUUUCAUCCUGCCCAACGUCAACUAUCGCCAGGCAAACGAGAGCAUCCCCUUUGCUGAAUGGAACAUGAAGGUCCCCGUGUCUCUGCGUCCAUGGCCCAAGGGCAAGCGCUUCGUCAGCGUCAACAACUUUGGAUUCGGUGGCUCCAACGCGCACUGCGUGCUCGAGAAGGCGCCUCCGACGCUCGCCAGAGGCUACAACGAGUCCAACAUUGGACCUCGCCUCGUCGUCUUGUCCGGCAACGACAAGGACGCCGUGGGCCGUCUCAAGGCUAUAGUGGGCGUCUGGCUCGAGAAGCAUCCCGAUCUUUUCGACAGAGAGCUCCUCCGCGACCUGGCAUACACACUUGCCCACCGCCGCUCCCAGCUCUCCUGGCGCACGGCCGUGGUUGGGUCCUCGGCCAGCGAUCUGACCCGUGCCCUGAACAGCCCUGCGGCUCAGCCCAUCAGGGCUCUGCGAACCCCCAAGAUCGCCUUUGUCUUCACCGGCCAGGGCGCGCAGUGGCAUGCCAUGGGACGAGAGCUCAUGGUGUCUCACGACGUCUUCGCCUCGACAGUGAAGGAAGCGGACGAGGAGCUCAAGAAGCUCGGAGCCACUUUCUCCCUGAUCGAGGAGUUGACAAAGGACAAGGAGCAUUCACAGAUCAACAAGGCUCACAUCAGCCAGCCGGCUUGCACCGUACUUCAACUGGCUUUCACCAACCUGAUGAGGUCGUGGGGCGUCCAGCCAUCUUCUGUCGUCGGACACUCCAGUGGCGAGAUCGCGGCUGCUUACGCUGCAGGCGCUAUCAACCUCAAGGACGCCAUUGCUGCUGCCUUUCACCGAGGACAGGCUGUCCUGAGACUGAAGGCCAAGCACGGCGACCUGCGCGGUGCCAUGUUGGCCGCUGGCUGCAGCGCGCAGACAGCCCGUGAGAUGAUCCGGGAGAUUCAGAGUGGACACUGCGGUAUCGCAUGCGAGAACUCGCCUUCGUCGGUCACCAUUUCGGGUGACGCGCAGGCCAUUGACGAGCUUGCUGCCCGUCUCGAAGAGAAGGGCACAUUCAACCGCAAGCUCAUGGUUGACGUUGCCUAUCACUCUGUCCACAUGGAGAACGUGGCUGAGCACUACCUGUCGACAAUCCAGGACACCAAGGCCAGCAGCACUGGCAGAGUGGCCUUCUUCUCCUCCCUUCACGGGAAGAGGCUUGUCAGUGGUGCGGAUCUGGACGCGCAGUACUGGGUUCAGAACCUCACAAAGCCCGUGCUCUUCUCGACUGCUUUGCAGGCGCUUUUCCUGGAGGAUCAGCCCGACAUCGUGGUCGAGGUCGGCCCGCACUCUGCGCUUGAGGGACCUGUCAAGCAGAUCCUCAAGUCUCUCGGCUCGGACAAGGCCAGCAAGGCCUUCUACGUCCCUUCGCUGAAGCGCAACGAGGACGCCACGUUCUCCGCGCUGACUCUGGCCGGCAAGCUUUUUGAGAAGGGCGUUACCCUGGACAUGGCGGCCGUUAACGCGGAGAAGGACCCCAAGCCCAAGCUGGUUUCCGAUCUCAUGCCCUACCCUUGGUCUGGACAGAAGUACUGGAGGGAGAGCCGGGUCAGUCGCCAGCACAGGCUCAAGCCCUUUGCGCGCCAUGAUCUCCUCGGCACCCUGACCAAUCUCUCGAACGACAUGGAGCCGACAUGGAGGAACAUGAUCCGAACGGACGACAUCCCCUGGCUGCGGGACCACAGGAUGCAAGACCUGACGGCGUUCCCGUUCUCUGGCUUCAUCAGCAUGGCGGUGGAAGCAGCUGCUCAGCUGGCCUCCAUCCGUGGUGUCGAAUUCGACGAGUUCGGCCUCAGGGAGAUGCAGGUCAUGCGACCUUUCCUCUUGACUGACGGCGAGGAGUACGAAGUUCUACUGAGCAUCAAGCGGUUCAGCGAAGGCACUCGCUCAUACUCGGACAAGUGGGACGAGUUCCGCAUCCACUCCUACCAUGAAUCCAGGGGCUGGGUUGAGCACUCUCGCGGUUUGAUCUCGGUCACCAAGCGCGAGCAGUCGAACCCCAUCAGCGCCUCGCUGCGCGACGAGGUCACCGACACGGUGGAGAAGGCCAGGCAGGUUUGCCAGAGCAAGAUCCCUACGCAGCUCUUCUACGACGAGCUUCGCAAGCUCGGAGCCGGCUACGGCCCCGUCCUCCAAAACAUCCUGAGCCUGCAGGCUUGUGACGAUUUCAGGUACGGACUCGGAGAGGUCGUGGUGCCCGACACUGGCGCCUCGAUGCCCGAGAAGUACGAGGCGCCGUCCAUCUUCAACGCGGCGUUUAUCGAUCUCCUGUUCCAGCACAUCUUUGUCGUCCUGGGAGCCGGUCGUGGCGAGAUGCCCUGCCUGUACAUGCCCUCGGCCAUCAAGGAGAUGCGACUCAACAAGCUGAUGAACUCCACGGCGGGCACCCCCUACCAAGUCGUCGUCAACGGCCACAGCGACUUGCGAAACCCAAAGGCCAUGGAGGGCUGCAUCCAUGCCUUGGAGUCGAGCGACGCCUCCAUCCCCGCCAUCAUGGUCAAGGGCUUCGAGGUCAACCCGAUCAAGGACGACAGCAGCAGCGACCUCGAGACCAAACCACUCUGCUACAAGGUCGAGUGGAAGCCCGUGGCCGAGGAGGCCGCCAGCCAAGAGGCGGCUGCCGUCGCGAGCGGCAGCACGCAGCAGCCGGCCAAGAAGCUCACGCUCAACGCGCCCGUCGUUCUCAUCACGCAGCGCCCCGAGAGCGACCCUCUCAUCAGCGCCGUGGCAGCUUGGGUCGAGGCCCAGACCGGCCGCGCCCCUGAGGUCAGCCCUCUCGCCAACCUCGGUGCAGCUGGCAAGGUCUGCAUCAACCUCCAGGACCUCGACGGCUCCGUGCUGUCCGACGCUACACCGGAGACGUUCAAGCAGGUGCAGAGCAUGGCGCUCGAGAGCGAGAGCUUCCUGUGGGUCGUCUCGGGCGCGCUCAAGAACGCGCAGAACCCCCAUCGCAGCAUGGCCCAGGGCUUCGUGCGCACGAUCCGGUCGGAGAUCGGCAAGCCGGCGUCGCUUCUGGACCUGGAUCCCGAGUCUCGCCUCGAUGUGAUAUCGCAAGCGGAACUCAUUGCGCAGGCUUUCGAGAGGCUUGUUGGCGGUGACAACUCGGCCACGCCCGAGAUGGAAUUCGCCGAGGUCGAUGGCGCGCUCGCCGUGCCGCGCAUUGUCGAGGACGCAAGCAUGAACCUCUUCGUCCAGCGCGAGACCAACGUGUCGGCUCCCUACCUCCAAGACUUUGCCCAGCCCGCGAGGCGUCUCAAGCUCGACAUUGGACGUGCCGGAGCCCUGGACACGCUGUAUUUCAAGGACGAUGAUGACGAGCCUCUCAGCGCCGACGACGUCGAGAUUGCCGUCGAGGCCACGGGCAUGAACUUCAAGGAUGUCGUCAUCUCCAUGGGUCAGCUUGCCAGUCCCUACAUCGGCGUGGAGUGCAGUGGCAGGAUCGCGCGCGUCGGAUCCAACGUCACGGCCCUCAAGGUCGGCGACAGGGUCUGCGCCAUGCCGAGGGGCGCCUACCGCACCUUUGCGCGCUGCCACUUCACGAGCGCGGCCAAGAUGCCGGACAACAUGACCAUGGAGGUCGGUGCCUCGAUUCCCGUCGCCUACUGCACCGCAUGGUACGGUCUCAUGGACAUUGCGCGCCUGGCCGAGGGCGAGCGUAUCCUCAUCCACGCCGCCGCGGGCGGUGUCGGCCAGGCGGCGAUCCAGAUCGCCAAGAUGGUUGGUGCCGAGAUCUUUGCUACCGUGGGCAGCGUCGACAAGAAGCAGCUCAUCAUGGACAAGUACGGGAUUCCCCAGGACCGCAUCUACUACAGCCGCAGCGCUGGCUUCGCCCGUCUGAUCCGCAGGGACACGCAGGGCGAGGGUGUCGAUGUGGUCAUCAACUCCCUGGCCGGCGAGCUCCUGCGCGAGACGUGGGAUUGCAUUGCCCACUUUGGCCGGUUCAUCGAGAUUGGCAAGCGUGACAUCACGUCCAACACGCGUCUCGAGAUGCGCCGUUUCGAGAACAACGCCCUGUUCAGCUCGGUUGACCUGACCGUGCUCGCCGGGGAGCGGCCUAAGAUUAUGGGCCGGGUCAUGAAUGCCGUCAUGGAGGCCAUGGGCCGCGAGGCGCUGCAUACCAUGCUGCUUCAGGGUGGCAAGACGACGGGCAAGCUGAUCAUUGCCCAAGGCGCCCACGAGCAGGUCAAGGCCACGCACCGCGCUACGAAACAGAAGCAGUUCGCCAAGGAUGCCUCGUACCUCAUCUUUGGCGGCACAGGCGGCCUCGGUCGUUCCAUGGCCAAGUGGAUGGCGCAGAACGAUGCGGGCCACGUCGUCUUGGUUUCCCGCAGCGGGAGCAACGCCAAGACGGACGAUCUCACGCAAGAACUGGCGUCGCUCGGCUGCAAGAUUCACGUUCGGGCCUGCGACAUCACCGACCCUGCGAGCGUGGACUCUCUCGUCCAAGACUGCUUGGCGACACUGCCGCCCAUCCGCGGCGUCAUCCAUUCGACCAUGGUGCUUCGAGACAUGCUCUUCGAGAACACCACGUUCGAAGACUACGACGCCGUCAUGCGGUCCAAGGUCUCGGGCGGCUGGAACAUCCACAAGGCGCUCCUCGACACCAAGCUCGACUUCUUCAUCGCCCUGUCGUCCGUCGCCGGCGUCGUCGGCAACAAGGGCCAGGCCGCGUACGCGGCGGCCAACACGUUCCUCGAGGGCCUCGUGCAGCACCGACGCCAGCAGGGCCUCGCCGGCACGGCCAUUGCGCUGCCGGCCAUGGACAACGUCGGCUACCUCGCCGAGAACGAGGCGCGCCGCGAGCUCGUGCUCAAGAACCUCAAGGGCAGCACGGCCAACGAGGCCGAGCUCCUCGCCCUGCUGACGGCGGCCGUCAGCGGCACCGCCUCGGCGUCGUGCGACGGCCUCGUCCUGACGGGCCUGCACAUUGACGACAGCGCCCGGCCGCCGUACCCGGCUUCCGACGCCAGGUUCGCCGACCUGCUGGCGGCCGCUGGCACGAGCAGCCAGGGCGCCGGCCAGGCGGCAUCCAUCCACCAGGUCGUCUCCCGGGCUGGCUGUGAGGACCAGGCCUCGGAGGCCAUUGUCAAGGGCCUCAUUGAGAAGCUGUCGGCGAUUCUCAUGGUUCAGCCCGGCGAUCUAGACCCGGCGUCCACGCUGACGGCGUAUGGUCUUGACUCGUUGAACGCCAUUGAGCUGCGCAACUGGAUCAGUAAGGAGCUGCUUGCUCAUCUGCAGGUGCUGGAGCUUCUGACGAGCGCCACGUUGACGAGCUUGUCCUUGAUGAUUCUGAACAAGUCUCGGAUUGAACUGAGCUACAAGGUUGCUGCUGCAUAG